AAAUCUGAUUUUUGGAACCCUACAUAAAUGGGGGUGAUAGACUGUCUACGACACACUGGGUGCGUGUCUGAUUGGAUAAAAUUGUGUUUGAUGGCGUCUCUUUCUUCAGCCAAUCACGAUCGCAGCGGAGUCUUCGCGUAAAGCAGCGAAGAUAUGUGGGUGGAUUGUUGUUGAGAUAUGAUGGCAGAUUCAAAUUUGUGUAUACUGUGUGGCAGAAAAUUUACAGCUAGAAAGAAUUUGUUUGCACACUAUAGAGGGGUACAUAAAUUACAGCCACAUACGAGGGCUACGAUUCGAUGCCCCAAGGAAGGCUGCAGGUUUUCCUGUAACUUUUUGGCUAAUUUGAGAAUGCAUGUAGAGGAAGAGCACAAUACUCUGAUGGUGAAAGAAGUACUUAUGUUCGAAUCAGCGGAAGAGUUUCAGGAGUGGAAGGCCAAAGAAGAGAAGGAAACCAAAAGCAGCUUUGUACAACACUGUGGUGCUAAGCGUACAAAAGGUGGCAUUGAAAGGAUCACUUUUGUUUGUCACAGAAGUGGGAAGUUUCAGUCUUCAUCCACAGGCAAAAGGUUGCUGAAAUCACAAGGCAGUAUCAAGUUAGGAAGCCACUGUACUGCUGCUAUUGAGCUCCACAGAGAAAAAAGUGGUGAUUGUACUGUUGUUUAUUUCAAAACGCACUUUGGCCAUGAACAGCAUAUAGGCUUACUGCAGCUUAGUAGAUCUGAUAGGGAAGCCAUUGCACGUCAAAUUGCUAAGGGCGUGCAUUUCGAAAAAAUUUUGGAUGAUGUGAAGAGCUCCAUCCAUUCCGGAGAACCGGAGAGGCUGCACCUUAUUACUCGCCGCGACCUCCACAACAUAAAGAGAGAUUUUGGCAUUGGUGGCACUCGGCAACAGGACAUUGAUGAAGUGAGUGGACAAAAUGAAAGACUGGACACACAUUCUUCUCAGUUGAGGAGACUGGAGUAUAAAUUACAGCUUUUGAGACGCCGUAUCAGCUCAGGUAUGAUGUCCAGAGAAACAAAGUGUAAAGUGGAGAAAGAAGUUGAUCGUUUGCUUUCACUUACUCAAUCAGACUUCAGCAGGGAAGUUCCGCAUUCCCACAAUAGUAAAAAAUUGAAAGUGCUACGAAUACCUGAUAAGUCUAAUAUCAACAACGAAGUUCCGCACUCCCCCAGAAAUGAAAAGUUCAAAGUGUUACAGACACCAGAUAAGCCCAACAUCCAUAGGAAAGUUCCUCACUGCCCCAACAAAGAAAAGCUGGAAGUCCUACCAAUACCUAUCAAACCUAAGAUCUUUCCAAGGAGCAUUUUUGUGGUUCCGGCCCAUAUCGAGAAGCCAAAUAGUGUAAUUGUGAAGGGGCAACCAAAUAGUGAAGUUAAGACUGUGCAUAUUGGUUUUGAUCACACAUACUGUCAGAGCUAGUUAGUGUGUGUGUGUGUGUGUGUGUGUGUGUGUGUGU